CCAACGAGACACGAUUAUUUCGUACAAACCUAUCCUCGUCAACCAGACGGUCACUCCGCGACGGCAUCGCUACAGCCUACAGGCACUAAUAACUGCACUGGCACAGCGACACUGCACACGCAUCUUCCCCGUGCUUGCAGUUGCAGUGCAGCUGUACCCACAUUACCCUGUCAGUCUCGGCCAUUGCAUUGCCUCAAGAAGCAGCAAUGGAGUUGCCAAGACCAAUGGGCGUGCUUCUGCUCGUGUUCUUCGUCUUGUGCAGAGGUUCCCCGUUUCUCGCAGUGGGGGACGCGGCGACGUUCAUGUUCGUGAACCGGUGCACGGACACGGUGUGGCCGGGCGUCCUGUCCAACGCCGGCAGCCCAAGGCUGGAGCCGACGGGGUUCGAGCUCCCGCCGGGCGCGGCACGCGCGGUGCCGGCGCCGGCGGGCUGGUCCGGCCGCAUGUGGGCGCGCACGGGCUGCUCCCAGGACGGCGCCACGGGGCGGCUCGUCUGUGCCACGGGCGACUGCGGCUCUGGCUCCGCCGAGUGCGCGGGCGCGGGCGCUGCGCCGCCGGCCACGCUGGCCGAGUUCACGCUCGACGGCAGUGGCGGGCUGGACUUCUACGACGUCAGCCUCGUGGAUGGCUACAACCUCCCCGUGCUGGUGGAGACCUCCGGCGGCGCAGGCUCCAGCGGGCCGGCGUCGUGCGCGGCGGCCGGGUGCGCAGCGGACCUGAACGCGAUGUGCCCCGCCGAGCUCCGAGCCGGGGGCGGCGCCGCGUGCCGGAGCGCGUGCGACGCGUUCGCGCGGCCCGAGUACUGCUGCAGCGGCGCCUUCGCGACCCCGGCGGCGUGCCGGCCGACUGCCUACUCGCAGGUGUUCAAGAGCGCGUGCCCGCGCUCCUACAGUUACGCCUUCGACGAUCCCACCUCCACAUUCACCUGCGGCGGCGGCCCAGACUACACCGUCACCUUCUGCCCCGGCGCCACCCCAAGAGGCUACUGUUGUUACAAGAUUUACAUUGUCAGAGAUUUCUGGUUCUUCUCUGAGAAAUUGAAGUAGACGCAAUGCAAGCUAGUGACUGAACCUGUGUUGUUGUGUUCCUAGAAUGAGGAAAGACUAGGAACAUGGGGCUACAACGUACAAGAUCUUGGCAUAAUAAAUUUUUUAUAUCUUUGAUUUACAGCAGAGGGGACGAAACGAAAAGCGCAUGGGCGAAAUGCUUUUUUUGGGGCGUUAUUAGUAGUAUUUCCCAUUUGCGUGCAAAAUGAUUUUGUCCGUACUACUGAGCACGUGAACUUCUGACCGGAUGGAUACGCUGCUCUUGUAUGUACCCGUGACAUGAGCGCAGCCAGAAGUCGACGACCACACCGGGCGCGACGCCGGCGACGGUGCCGGGGACAAUGACGACGACGGUGCCGGAGGCAACGCCGAUGCCGGGCGCGACCCCGGCUAUGCCGACGGGGACCAUGAUGCCACCGGGCGCGACGUUCACGGACGCCACCCCGGACAGCGCGAUGAUGCCGAUGGGUGGCCUGGGCAUCGAGGGCGGGGGCCAAGGCAGCGUGCUCCUGGGCGGCAGCAGCAGCGAAGGCAGCGUCUCUUGGCUCGCCAACAUGGCCACCGGCGACGCGGCCGUCCCGCUGGUGGCUUCGGCUCGGUUAUUGGUGGCGCCACUGGCAACGUUGCUCUGCGGCCUCCAUUUGCUGUAGUAGUGGUGAUGGAGGGAGCAGAGGAAUCUGUUGGCGAUUCGCACGGUGGCGCCUUUGUAUUGCCGUGUCUGUAGAUGAUUUUACUGUCCAUUGAUCAUGUUGCGUUAGCCCCGGUCCCAGGAUUAGAUACUUGUGGCUACUAGUAGUACUAGUUCUAGAGGAGAAAUUAAAGCAUGGAUGUGGACAUUGAUUAAAGUUAAUCGCUGUCGUGCUAGCUGCGCUUUGUUGUUGCCA